AUGCAUACCAGGAUCAUUCUCGCUCUCCUUCCUCUCCUCGUCCUCUCGACUCCCAUCCGCCGCCAGAACAACUUGCAGCCUUUCACCGGCGCACUUGGCGGCGAAGCAGCUACUCCAAUUGAAGAUUCUGGCAAUGCCAAUCGCCCCUUCCAAGUCGGUCAGGACACCUUUGUGAAUAUUGGAGCUGCCCUGCAACGUUCUUGCGACCAGCAAUUCAAUCGUUGUGCCAACCUGGCGAACGGUGGUGAUCAGACAUUGAGUGUCGCCGAUUGUCAGGCUCAGAAAGGUAUGGCUUCCACAAGCUUGGGCAUGAUCUUUAUUGACGUCCUCAGACCAAUGCUCCGCUGCUGA